AUGAGAAAAUUAAUUUCAGUAUUUAAUUUUUCAACCAUUGCUUAGGCUAAUCAAGCAGCCAAGCCCCUUAGGUAAAAGAAAGCAGCACUACUCAUAACAGAUUAAGCAGCAAGUAGGAUAAAGGAAUUGAUGGAGGUAAAGGAAGACUAGGAGGAUAUUUACGGAGUAAAAAUAGACGUGAGGAGAAGAGGCUGUAAUGGCUAUAGUUAUGUCAUGGACUAUCUCAAGAAGGACUAAAUCACUAGAUUAGACGAGGUUGUUGAAGACAAAGGAGUCAGAGUUGUAGUAGAUAAGAAAGCCCUUAUGUUUGUGGUUGGCACUGAGAUGGACUUCGUGGAUAACGAGAUAAAAAGUGAGUUCGUUUUCAAUAACCCCAAUGCGAAGGGGCAUUGCGGGUGUGGGGAAAGCUUCCAUGUCUGA